ACGCUCCGCCCCCCGCCGCGGCCCUCGGGCGUCCUUCCGCCCAGCUCGCCGAGCCUUCACCUCCGCGCCGCUGGGGCGGCCUGCGUCCAUCCAGCAGCUAGCGACCGUGGGCCAUGGCCGCCGCGGGGAGUUCCCGGCUCCUGCGUAUCGCCUCCGCAGCCCUGGGUGGCUCGGCCCGCCGCCCACUGCUCCUCGCCGGACCCCAUGCGGGGGCCAGCGGCCUGCUGGGGAAGCCGGGGCCGGGCCUGGGCGGCGGCGCGCGGGCAAGCCGGCCGCUGAGCGUGUCGGCGCGGAGCAGCUCAGAAGAUAAGAUAACAGUCCACUUUAUAAACAAUGAUGGUGUAACAUUAACAACCAAAGGAAAAGUUGGUGACUCUCUUCUAGAUGUUGUGGUUGAAAAUAAUCUAGAUAUUGAUGGUUUUGGUGCUUGUGAGGGAACCUUGGCUUGUUCUACUUGUCACCUCAUCUUUGAAGAUCACAUAUAUGAGAAGUUAGAAGCAAUCACUGAUGAGGAGAAUGACAUGCUUGAUCUGGCUUAUGGGCUCACAGACAGAUCACGGUUGGGCUGCCAAAUCUGUUUGACCAAAUCUAUGGACAAUAUGACUGUUCGAGUACCUGAGGCUGUGGCUGAUGCCAGACAAUCUAUUGAUGUGGGCAAGAAUUCCUAAAACUACCAUAAGAAGAAAUAUUUUUGUGAAAUUUUACCUAUUUUUAUAAUUUUUAACAUAAUUAAAUGAGAACAUGGUUGAAUGGGUUUAUUCUUAUGACUAGCUUUACCGUUUUACUUCACCUUGUAUAACUACUGAAUUUUGUAGUAUUAAACAUGCGAUUUUUACAUUGGUUAUAAAAAUAUUAGUCAAAUAUUAGAAAACAGCUGAGAAUGAUGAAAAUCUUACAUAGUUUACCUUAUUUGUGAUUAGCGACUUAAGCAAAAUGUUACUACAUAAUCUUAUGUCUGCUUAUUUAGAAGGCAGGUUAAGAAAAGCUAUGGCUAUGAUUACCCCUGCUUGAUGUGGGUGAAGGCAGAGAUCUAAAAUGGCUUGUCCAGGAUGAUAUGACUAACUAGGAAAUUUGUACUGGAACCUGCAUCUUAUUAUUUUAAGUUAGUUUUAUGUUCAGAUUGAUACUGGAGAAAUUAUGAACAUCUUACUUUUAGCACUAAUUAAAUGUAAAUGUGUGUGAAAGAAUAUUUAGUGAAUUGCUUAAUUUCCAAGAUAGCUAUUAACUUUAUAAAUAAAUAUUUCAAAAUUUUAUUCAAUGAGAAAUGUUUAGUAUUCAGUUAGACAUUAUGACACUGUCAAGUUGAUGUCUGUUCUGACUAAACCAUCUUUUCUAUUUCAAGCAAAACAAACUGUCUUAGCAAUCUUUCGAAAAUAAUGUUAAUUUAUAGGUUGAUUCUUAGAAUGGAAAUCUUGUGAAUUAGCCCCUGAGCCAGAGGACAUAAGCAGGCUGCUGCAUCCCACUGCCCAGGGGGCGCCAUUCUUCUCACUUCAACGUCUGCAGCCUGGGUAGCAUAGCAUAUGCUACAGUCCCAGAAAUGAAGGAAUAUCUUACCAAUUAUAUAUGGAAGAUAUUUGUAUCCUUAUCUUUGCUAUAAAUAAAUUCAUUAGAGGUAA